GACCAGCGCACAGAGGCCGCGCUGCAUGCUGGGAGCUGUAGGCGCCGCGUGGCAUCCUGGGAACCCUGAAGGGAGAAACGCUACAUUCCUGGCUCGUGCCUCUCUCAGCCCCACUUCCCCCAGGGAUCUCGGGCGGCAGUCGCCCCACUAUAUACACGAAGACAGCCCUGGAACUGCCUUCCGCCUUUGCGGUGGCGGCUGCGCGACAGACGGGAUAAUGGCGUCUCCUGCGUCCUCAUUGGCUAGGCAUCUCGUGACGUCACUAGGAGGCGCCCUCGCGGGGCGCCGAGCGCAAGUCCCGGAGGCUUCUGGGUAGCGAAUUACUCCCGCCCCCAGCACCGGCGCUUUCCUUUCCGUCCCUGACGCCGCCGAGGUCGCACGCGCGAGGCUGCUCUGCCACCGCUGAGAUGCGUUACGUUGCCUCCUACUUGUUGGCCGCCCUCGGGGGCAAUUCCUCCCCCAGCGCCAAGGACAUCAAAAAGAUCCUGGACAGCGUGGGCAUCGAGGCAGACGACGACCGACUCAACAAGGUCAUCAGUGAGCUCAACGGAAAGAACAUUGAGGACGUCAUUGCCCAGGGUAUUGGCAAGCUGGCCAGUGUGCCCGCGGGCGGGGCUGUGGCCGUCUCUGCUGCCCCAGGAUCCGCAGCACCUGCUGCCGGUUCUGCUCCAGCCGCAGCAGAGGAGAAGAAGGAGGAGAAGAAGGAAGAGUCGGAGGAGUCAGAUGACGACAUGGGCUUUGGCUUGUUUGACUAGAGUCCCGCUUCCCUGCAAAUAAAACCCUUUUUAUGUA